CUGUCAUCGUCGCGUACGUAAAUAAUCGUUCGUUAUCGGCAGUGCCUCGCUGCCCAUUUCCGAGCACCGCACGCACUCUCCGCUCUCCAGUCGUGGUCGGGAGGCGGCGCUCGUCGGCGGCGAACUGCGCACCUCGCACAUUAGACUUUGUCCGGAUCGCGUGUUCGCGCAAAAUGCGAGUGAGACCCGUAGAAAGAGAAAGCAUGACGCGGAACGGCGAGGUGAAUCCGAGCCCAGAGAGAGACAGCCGCGAACAGGUUUGAAAGUCGGCUGCGAGAGAGCGCGAGCGAGACGCCGCGAGGAUUAGUCACGAGCGAGAGAGACGCAGCUAGUAAACAUGGCGCCGCACUAGCCACCAUAUCAUAUUAGUGUGUAUUGUGCACGCAGUAUCUAGUUAUCGGGUGUGCGAAUCUGUCAGUGCGGAGUGCUAUGCAGUAGUGCCAACUUCGGAGACGUCGGCAGCCCCCACGAGUGCCAACCGCCAUGUGAGCGUCGCCCCGGACAGGUUAACACUCAGCGAUGGAAACCAGCAUCGACAGUUAUCUGCACAAAAAGUUCAAGAAGCAACUCAGCGUCGAGCCCCGAGCCCACCUCCAGGUCCAGCAUGAGAGCCCGAGCGGAGUCGUGGAGCCGCGUGAAGAAAAAAGGCCGCCGGAGAGGCAAGCGCAAAAGGACAAUAACGAAAGUGUGCCAAACCAGAGUACAAAUCAAAACAGUUCUCUCUCAUCAACGCGAAACGUUUCCAAGUCUUCCAUAUCAGUAGAGGAGUGUAGAGCGAAUUUACAAUCUUCGAACCCGUGCAUAUCAGUAGAGAAAAGCUGGAGCGACCAGCGGCCCCCAGAGGCCGGCCAGGAACCAGUCACGUCUUCCAUUUUAGAUUAUAGGCAGUACGUAAAAGAGGACGUAGCCUCGAAUAUCGCCAAGGACCAGGAGGAGGAGCGCGGCGAGCCGCAGCCGCCGCCGGACAAGGGCCCCGCCGGCAAGUACGUCUGCCCCUACUGCAGCCUGGUGUGCUCGAAGCCGAGCGUGCUCCAGAAGCACAUCAGGGCGCACACGAACGAGCGACCCUACCCCUGCAACAGCUGCGGCUUCUCCUUCAAGACGAGGUCCAACUUGUACAAGCACUGCAGGUCCAGGACGCACGCGAACAGGGUGAUGGGGAACAAGGUCCAAGAGAUCAACAACGAAAUCCCGGACAUGUCGGAGGCUCGCAGCCCUCCUCACAACGACCCCGCCGCCCUCGAGGAGCGCGACCGCUCCCUCGACCUAAAAACCAAGCCGUACAAGCCCCGCUUCCACACCAAGCAGUACAAGGAGAACGAAGAGAACAAAGACGAAUCCAACAGCAAGCACUCCAACCUCCUCUCCGACCACAUCAACGAGAUCAUCAGCAAGAACAACUCCAUCGUGAACUCCGGCGACUACCUCCUCAAGAAGCGCGCCGAGGUCUUCUCCGACAACGAGCAGCAGCGCAACAUCACCGACCUGCUCUGCCUCAACGUGGACGAGCCGCUCAACCUCACCAAGAACCGCAAACGCUGCAUGAGCGAGGUGGUGGAGCCCGUGGCGCAGAAGAGCCUCAUCAAGGAGCUCCUCCUCAAGAACCUCAACUCGGACAUGCAGUGUCCGCACUGCAAGAUGAUCUUCCAGACGGUGACGGAGCUCGAGCUGCACAAACUGCGCAGCUGCAAGGGCUUCGUCAAGCCGGGGGCCAAGUACACGAGGAGCAGCUCGGUCAACGUGGCGUCGAUCCUCACGCAGAACAAGAACGCCUUCGACGGGAUCCCGCACCUGCAGAACACGGUGUUCCCGCUGAAGUCGCCGGGACCGUUCCUGGGGAAGACGCGUCUGGUGGAGAGCGAUAAAGGGAAGUCGUUUUCGUUCGAUGAUGGCUUGCCGACGGCGUUCCCGUCGGUGACGCCGAACGAGAGGUUCUUGUUGUCGCCGCUGACGCUCCCGAACGACAAGGAGAAGAAGGUGCCGGUGCGCAUGUUCGGGGGGGAGGUGAAGAUCACGCACACCAGUGGGGAGACGAAGAGCUUCAAGAUCGACAACAAGGAGGAUAAGUAUGAGGGGAUGGUGGAGUAUAGUGGGAAAGUGAGCGAGAAUAGGGUGGUGAAGUCGGGGUUGCAAUCAGGUGGUACCAUGUUAACGAACAAAGCUAAUUAUCCUAAGGAGGAUAUGAGGGGGGGACAGGACGUCAUUCGGGUGUACGACAACACCCCCGUUUCACCUAGUAUAGACAUCGCGAACUUGCCUAAGCCCCAGAUCACCCUCGGUCGUACCGACCUCUACCGGAACGACCUGGUGGUACGAACCCAAGUGGAGCAAUCAGUCACUUCCAGCUACAAAUACACUAACAUUAUGGACUUCAGCCAGAAGGCGGUGAAACUCCUCACUCCUAAUCUAAAACAACCAAACCUCGCAGUACCCGGAGUACCCGCCCCCACGAAGUUCGCCUUCCCUCCUUUCGACGACAAAGUCAUCGACUUGGAGAAACCCAAAGACCCGGAACCGCAGAACCUGAAGGUCUUCCAGAAAGUACUAACCUCCCCUUCCAACCUCUGCAACCCCAUGAAACUCCUAGUCAACGGAAAAGUGGUACGCUACGUACCCGGCAUCCCGGGCCCCGUAGCCGCCGAAGAACCCCUCGACAUGGCUUACACCCCCGCCAUCGUCGCCACGCGCCAAGUUCCUCGCCCCAUCCCCAAACCCGAACCCAAGGCACCGCCCCCCAAAAUGGAAACCCUCGAGAUCAAGACCGACUUCUCCUUCAAGCCGGCCGAACUCAAGUCGCCCGAGAAGUCGCCCGUCAAGGUCUCGGACAAGCCCUCCAGCUUCAACGAGCCCAAGAAGUUCGCCAGACCCAACAGUCUGGCGCUCAAACCCACCACGGCGUCGUUGAAGCAGCACCACGGGCUGACCCCCACGAUGUUCAACCAGAUCUUGAUCAGCCCGGACACCCCGCGCGUCGCCAAGAAGUACGUCCAGCAGUUCCUCCACGGGAACUACUUCAGCUACCUGGGGUUGAAGAGCUCGACGAAGCCGGUGUACUGCACCUUGAAUAAAACGCAGCCGUUCUACGUGCCGCACUUCAAGAAAUUGAGCAUGUACUCGGAGUGGCGGCAGCAGGACACCAAGACGGAGAAGAUCUUCGUGAGCGGGUACGACUCGAGGCAGAGGCACGGCAGGUACACGACGGCGGGGAAGGCGACGGCGGAUCUGGUGGUGCACUCGAGCUACAAGUUUGUGGUUUCGGAAUCGUCGAUCAACGGGGAAAAAAACGACGACCAGCAAAAACCCAGCACCAUCUUGGGCGGCUACGAGUGCAACGACGACUACACCUACGUCAGAGGAAGAGGGAGAGGGCGCUACGUGUGCGACCAGUGCGGGAUCAGGUGCAAGAAGCCCUCGAUGCUGAAGAAACAUAUCAGGACCCAUAGCAACGACAGGCCCUACACCUGCAACCAUUGUAACUUUAGUUUCAAGACGAAGGGCAACCUGACGAAGCACAUGAAGAGCAAAGCCCACACGAAGAACUACGCCGCCAGCGGCUCUGGGUCGUCCACCCAGCAGAGCGGCACGCAGAGUUCUGAGUCAGAUACCGAGGAUAGCGGAAUGGACAGUAGUGAUGAGUCAACCCGUCGCGAGGAGCACGAGGCCGCCUACGGCCUCCUCUCGCUCGCCCAGAAGACCUCCCAGGCCCUCCACAUCGGCGACUCCAGCAGCCCCACCGGCGUGGACGGCCCGCACCCCCACAACGUCCUCAACACCGAAGAAAUCGUCCACGUCUCCAAAUCCAACUACGUCAAGAACAAGAUCCUCGACGACAAGCCGCCCAUGAACUUCAGCGCGCCCAAGCUCAGCCUCACCGCCUCCAGCAGCGGCGACGAGGACACCCAACUCGCCCACUUCCUCGGCAAAACCACCAUCAACCGACCCCUCACCUACCCCUACACGUCGGUCCUGCCGCCCUCCCCCGAGCCCGACAAAGAAAAGAGCAUCAAGCAGUUCCACGUGAUCCAGAAGUACGCCCGCGCCGCCUCCCCCAAGCUGCGCGAGUCCCCGAAGCCCGCGAAGGACCGGACCCGAGUGAGCGCGAGCGAAGUGCCGAACGCGAAAGUGAACAGUGCGCAGACGCCGCUGCUCAAGGUCAACGACGCGCCGGUGCUCGACGGACUCGCGACCGACCUGCGCAAGCGCAAGCUCAGCUACGAGGAGUUCGAGCGGCCGAAGCAGCCGAAGACGGACGAGGUGAUCGACCUGUCGAUGCCGGCGGAGAAGGCCGAGGCGCGGUUCAACGGCGACGCGGCGGCCGACGAGGCGUUCGCGAAGGCGGCCGAGGAGAAGGCGCCGGCGCGCAGCAACGGGUACGUGGUGCUGCCGAUGGCGAGUGACGUGAGCAUAAACUACGUGAUCCAGGAGGGGCAGGCGAACGGGGACUCGCCCAAGUACAAGGCGGUGGAGUACGACAACAGCGCGAUGGAGACGCUGGCGGACAUCGCGACCAAGCAGGUCAAGCUCGAAAAGAACACGCUGGCGAAGAGCGUGGCGUCGGAGUACCUGAAGAUCGCGACGAAGAACGAGGCGGCGGGGGACGGCGGCAGGGAGGCGAACGCCUUCGGGAGGGUGAACCAGGAGGUGAACGAUUUGCUGGUGCGGCCGGAGGGGAACAAGAGCUGCCAUAUUUGCGCGAAGAGCUUCAGCAAGGCGCCGCAGUUGAGGCUACACAUGAACAUCCACUACCUAGAACGUCCGUUUCGGUGCCAUUCGUGUUCUGUGAGCUUUCGGACCAAAGGCCAUCUACAAAAACACGAGAGGAGUGCUAGUCAUCACAAUAAGUUAUCUUCAUCUCCUGCCUUAUCUUCGUCAGAGCCUCGGCCGUUCAAAUGCGUCGAUUGUAAUAUAGCGUUUCGAAUACACGGACAUCUGGCGAAACAUUUGCGCUCGAAAAUGCACAUCAUGAAGUUGGAAUGUCUUGCAAAAAUACCUUUCGGUUUGUACGCGGAGUUGGAAAGGUCUAACAGUCUGCUUACGGAAAUAAAUACUGCUGAUGGGGACCAAUGUUUAGAGAGUUUAAAGACUUUAGCCAAGAAGGUUUUUAUCAACGACCCAAGUAAGUUGAAUCAAUUGAAUUCAGAAGCUGCAGACGCAGAUAGCUAGAUAAGCAAAUCACUAAUUUAAUUUCGUGCAAGACUGAACCAAAAUCUUAAAGAAGAGUAUACAUUUUAUAAGAUAUAGGAUAAAAAUAUAGUCUUUGUUAUACCUAUAAGAAAGUAUAUUUUAAAUCAUUUCUCAUGUGUCAAAUAUGUUAUGUGAUAUAAGAAUAAGGCUAGGUAAAUGUUUUACAAUCUUGUUUUAGUUGGUCAAACCAUUUUAGUAAUUGACUUCCUGUAUUUUUAAUUUGUUUUCGUUUUAAGCCGAGAUCCUCAAGAAUUUUUAUUUGGUUGUCGCGAGGGAAUCAAGUUUUAUUUUAUAUUUUGAUCUUAUGUUAAGAUUAUCCUCCCUAAGUUGAUAUUAUUACCUGUUUUUAGGUAUUUUAUAGAGACAUAAACUUUAAGUUUUAAGUGUUGUAUAAAUAGAUCAUGUUAAGCUAAUUUCAUGUUGUACAUAUUGUUUAUACCAUUAGGCGAUUUGUGUAAUGUUAGUAGUUACAUGAGUUAACACACUUCUUCAUUUGUUUCAUGCGUUCUUCCCAAUUAUUCAAGAUUCUCAUUUGCUCCAAGCGUAGAUCAGUUAUUUUUUUAUUUGUAGUUUUGGGUUAACUCGUUUAAUUAACCUUCAUUUGCGAAAUGAAAAUGAUAAUUCUGUUUAUAUUGUUGAAAAAAGUACAAGAUUAUUAUUGUUACAAAUGAAAUUUUGUUUUAAAUAUAACUAUUAAUUUUC